AUGGAAUUUUUCAAUGAUAGCAACUACGGACCGUUUCUUCUCACUGGUUUCCCUGGCCUGGAGAACUCACAUCCACUGAUUUCCAUCUUGUUUUGUGUUCUCUACCUAAUCGCCUUUAUGGGAAACAUCACCAUUUUAGUGGUUAUUCGUGUGGAACAGUCACUUCACGCACCCAUGUAUCUUUUUCUCUCCAUGCUGGCUGCCAGUGACCUGGGAAUCUGUGUUGCCACCCUCCCCACACUGCUCAAGCUCUUCUGUUUCAAUGUCCGUGAAGUGGACUUUGACGCCUGCCUCACACAGAUGUUCUUCAUUCAUGUGUUCUCUCUAAUGGAGUCAGGCAUCCUGCUUACCAUGGCUUUUGACCGUUAUGUGGCCAUUUCCAACCCCCUCAGGUAUACUGCUAUUUUGACUAAUUCUAUCAUUGUCAGGAUAGGCGGGGGACUUUUGCUGCGUGCUGUAGCUGUCAUCUUUCCAGGACCCUUUCUCAUAAAGAGGCUGAGGUUUUGUAAGGUCAAUGUGCUCUCCCACUCAUACUGCCUGCACCCAGACAUCAUCAAGCUCUCCUGUUCUGAUCACCGCAUCAAUAGCAUUUAUGGCCUUAUUAUCAUUCUGAUCACCUUUGGAGUGGAUUCUCUACUCAUUCUCCUCUCUUAUUUAAAGAUCCUAAUCACUGUAUUAGGUAUUGCUUCCAGGGCAGAACAGUUCAAGGCUCUCAACACUUGUGUCUCUCACAUCUGUGCUGUGCUCCUGGUCUAUGUCCCUAUGCUGGGGGUGUCCAUUAUUCAUCGUUUUGGGAAACAUCUUCCACCGGUGGUGCACAUUAUCAUGGGCUACAUAUAUUUAUUGGUCCCUCCUGUUCUCAAUCCUGUUGUAUACUGUAUUAAAACUCGGGAGAUACGGACCCGUAUCAUGGGUAAUCUGCUGAAAUUAUAG